CCUUCCUCCACUUUCUCUCUCUACUCUCUCUAUCUCUAUCUCUCUCUCCAACGUGUAGCGAGGGAAGGAGAUAUAGGCACCGUACGCACCUUCUUUCCUCCUUUUGUCAUUUGGGCGCUCCCUCCCUACCUGUGCCGGCAGGGACAAAAAAGAACGAAGAAGCAGAGGGACUACGCUCAUUCUCUCUGCAUUCUCUCUCUCUCUCUGGUUCAUCUCCUUCUUCAAAGCCAUUUUUGUUCAUCAGUGUAGAUAAGAUAGAUUUCGUUAGAUUUGAAUCGAAUAAACAGAAAUGUCGGAAGACGAGAAGUUAUUAAAAGAAGCGAAGAAGCUGCCAUGGGAAGAUCGUCUAUUGCACAAGAACUGGAAGGUCAGGAACGAUGCCAACAUCGAUCUGGCCGCCGUCUGCGAUUCCAUUACCGAUCCCAAGGAUGCUCGUCUCAGAGAAUUCGGUCCGCUUUUUAAGAAGACCGUCGCUGAUUCGAACGCUCCUGUUCAAGAGAAAGCCCUUGAUGCACUGAUUUCUUUCUUAAAAGCUGCCGACUCUGAUGUUGGAAGGUAUGCAAAAGAAGUUUGCGAUUCGAUUGUCGCUAAAUGCCUAACCGGUCGGCCCAAGACAGUGGAGAAGGCUCAGAUGGCGUUUAUGCUUUGGGUGGAGUUGGAAGCGACGGAGGUGUUCCUGGAUGCUAUGGAAAAAGCAAUUAAGAACAAAGUUGCCAAAGCAGUUGUGCCAGCCAUUGAUGUCAUGUUUCAAGCCCUCAGUGAAUUUGGGGCAAAGGUUGUGCCUCCAAAAAGAAUUCUUAAGAUGCUUCCUGAACUUUUUGACCACCAAGACCAAAAUGUCCGUGCUUGCUCCAAAGGGUUAACACUUGAGCUUUGUCGUUGGAUUGGAAAAGAUCCAGUAAAAUCAAUUUUGUUUGAGAAAAUGCGGGAUACAAUGAAAAAAGAGCUUGAGGCAGAACUUGUCAAUGUCACAGGGGCAGCUAGGCCAACACGCAAAAUAAGAUCUGAACAAGACAAGGAGCCAGAGCAGGAAGUUGCCUCUGAAGCUACAGGCCCUGGCCCCUCUGAAGAAUCCACUGCUGAUGGUCCUCAGGAAAUAGAUGAGUAUGAACUUGUUGAUCCGGUUGAUAUUUUGACUCCUUUGGAGAAGUUAGGGUUUUGGGAUGGAGUGAAAGCUGCCAAAUGGUCUGAGAGGAAGGAAGCUGUUGCCGAACUAACAAAGCUUGCUUCAACAAAGAAGAUAGCUCCUGGUGAUUUCACUGAAGUCUGUCGGACACUGAAGAAGCUUAUUACGGAUGUGAAUAUUGCUGUUGCUGUUGAAGCCAUCCAAGCUAUUGGGAAUCUUGCCAAGGGUCUGAGGAAUAAUUUCUCUGGGAACUCGCGCUUUCUGUUGCCAGUUUUGCUUGAAAAAUUGAAGGAGAAGAAACCAACUCUUACCGAUUCACUUACUCAAACACUCCAAGCAAUGCACAAGUCUGGGUGCCUAACUCUUGCUGAUGUUAUAGAAGAUGUUAGAACAGCAGUGAAAAAUAAGGUUCCUCUUGUGCGUUCUUCAACAUUAAACUGGGUCACAUUCUGUAUAGAAACAAGCAAUAAGGCUACUAUUCUGAAGCUGCAUAAGGAUUAUGUUCCCAUUUGUAUGGAGUGCCUGAAUGAUGGAACACCAGAAGUGAGGGAUGCAGCAUUUUCUGCUUUGGCAGCAAUUGCAAAGUUGGUUGGUAUGAGGCCUCUAGAGAGAUCACUGGAGAAACUUGACGAGGUGAGGAAAAAGAAGCUUUCUGAUAUGAUUGGGGGUCCUGGAGGUAGCACGCUUCCUAGUACAGGUUCAGCUCCAGCACCAGCAUCAAAUGGAAGUAUUUCAGGAUCUAUGGCUGUAGAGAGCUCUUUUGCCAGGAAAUCAGCAGCAAGCAUGCUUAGUGGGAAGAAGCUUGUCCAGGCAACUCUGGCUAGUAAGAAAAGUGGGUCAGUGAAACCUAGUGUUAACAAAAAAGGUGAUGCAGUUGGACAAUCAAAGACUAUGGGAUCAGUUGCACCUGAGGAUAUUGAGCCUGCAGAGAUGAGUCUUGAAGAGAUAGAAAGCAGAUUAGGUUCCCUUAUACAAGCAGAUACUAUUUCCCAACUCAAGAGUGGUGUAUGGAAAGAACGUCUUGAAGCAAUUGUUUCAUUAAAAGAGCAGAUUGAAGGCCUUCAAGACAUUGAUCAGUCUACUGAACUUUUGAUCCGUCUAGUUUGUGCUGUUCCUGGGUGGGGAGAGAAAAAUGUUCAGGUCCAGCAACAAGUUAUUGAAGUCAUUAAUCAUGUAGCUGCAACAGCAAAGAAAUUUCCUAAAAAAUGUGUUGUACUUUGCCUUCCUGGUCUAAGCGAACGUGUAGCAGAUAUUAAAACCCGUACUCAGGCCAUGAAAUGCCUUACUACCUUCUCUGAGGCAGUUGGUCCUGGCUUUAUCUUCGAAAGACUUUAUAAAAUUAUGAAAGAGCACAAAAACCCCAAGGUUCUUAGUGAGGGAGUUUCAUGGAUGUUUUCUGCAGUAGAGGAUUUUGGCAUUUCACAUGUAAAAUUGAAGGAUUUAAUUGAUUUCUGCAAAGAGACUGGUCUGCAAUCCAGUGCUGCUGCCACUAGAAACGCAACAAUCAAACUAAUUGGAGCAUUGCACAAGUUUGUUGGUCCAGAUAUUAAAGGAUUUCUUUCAGAUGUCAAGCCUGCACUUCUAAGUGCACUUGAUGCAGAGUACGAGAAAAAUCCAUUUGAGGGUGUGUCAGCAGCGGUAAAGAAAACUGUAAAGGCAUCCGAGUCCACCUUAUCUAUGUCUUCUGUUGGUUUGGAUGGCUUGCCACGUGAAGAUAUUAGUGCAAAGAUCACACCUACUCUGCUAAAGAACUUGGGUAGUCCUGAUUGGAAGAUUCGUUUGGAAUCUAUCGAGUCAGUGAAUAAAAUUUUAGAGGAAGCCCAUAAGCGUAUACAACCCACUGGGACUGGGGAGUUAUUUAAUGCUCUUAGAGGCCGUCUAUAUGAUAGCAAUAAAAAUUUGGUCAUGGCAGCCUUGUCUACUGUUGGCUGUAUUGCAUCAGCUAUGGGCCCGGCUGUUGAAAAGUCAAGCAAGGGGCUUCUGUCAGAUGUUUUGAAAUGCCUUGGGGACAAUAAAAAGCACAUGAGAGAAUGCACUCUAAAUACUCUAGAUUCUUGGGUUUCUGCUGUUCAACUUGAUAAGAUGGUUCCUUACAUUGUGACUGCUUUGUCCGACACCAAACUUGGGGCAGAAGGGCGGAAGGAUCUUUUUGAUUGGUUAACAAAGCAACUUUCUGGACUGAGUGACUCAUCUGAUGUUCUACACUUGCUCAAGCCAGCUGCCUCUGCUAUGAUGGACAAAUCAGCAGAUGUUCGAAAAGCUUCUGAAGCCUGCAUGAAUGAAAUUUUGAGAGUUUGUGGACAAGAGGCAGUGACAAAGAAUUUAAAGGAUUUACGUGGACCAGCAUUAGCUCUUGUGCUUGAGCGAUUUAAACUGCCCGGGGGGCUCCAAGAGUCAUUUGACUCAGGGAAAGGACUUUCAACUGGUCUUGCGUCUAAACCUGGCACAAAGAUCGGAAAAUCUGGUUCAAAUGGUUUUGGUGAUCGUACAUCCAAGCAUGGCAAUAGAGCCAUUUCUUCGAGAGUUCCUGCCAAGGGCUCCAGGCUAGAAUCAAUUUCUCCACAGGAUCUUGCUUUCCAGUCACAGGCUUUAUUCAAUAUUAAGGACUCAAAUAAGGAAGAUAGGGAGAGAAUGGUUGUACGCAGGUUUAAAUUUGAAGAGCCACGAUUGGAACAGAUUCAAGAUCUCGAAAAUGACUUUAUGAAAUAUUUCAGAGAAGACCUUCAUAGGCGGCUUCUGAGCAAUGAUUUUAAGAAGCAAGUUGAUGGUCUUGAGAUGUUACAUAAGGCUCUUCCAUCCAGUGGAAAGGAAAUAAUUGAACUUGUUGAUAUACUUCUGAGAUGGUUUGUGUUACGGUUCUGUGAGUCAAACACAACAUGUUUACUGAAGGUCUUGGAGUUUCUCCCAGAACUUUUUGAUAUGUUGAAAGAUGAGGGUUACACUCUGACUGAAUCAGAAGCGUCCAUAUUUCUUCCAUGUUUGAUAGAGAAGUCUGGACAUAACAUUGAGAAAGUGAGGGAAAAAAUGAGGGAGUUGAUAAAGCAAAUCACUCACACAUAUUCAGCAACGAAGAUUUUUCCUUAUAUUUUGGAGGGUCUGCGCUCCAAAAACAACCGCACUCGCAUAGAAUGUGUUGAGUUUGUGGGGUUUUUAAUUGAUAACCAUGGAGCUGAGAUAGGUGGGCAGUUGAAGUCCCUGCAAUUUGUGGCUGGUUUAACAUCUGAACGAGAUGGUGAAAUUCGAAAGGCUGCUCUGAAUACGUUAGCUACUGCUUAUAAGAAUCUUGGUGAGGAUGUAUGGAGAUUUGUUGGGAAGUUAUCAGAUGCUCAAAGAAGCAUGUUGGAUGAUAGGUUUAAGUGGAAGGCUCGUGAAAUGGACAAAAGGAAGGAAGGUAAGCCUGGAGAAGCACGAGCAGCCAUGAGGCGUUCUGUUAGGGACAACGGGUCUGAUGUAGCUGAGCAGAGUGGUGAACUUGCACGUUCUGUGUCUGUCCCAACCUUGGCAAGGGAAGCAAUUGGUCAUUCCGAGCCUUACAUGGACAGGCAACUAUUAACUCGAUCAUUAGCUAGUGCAAAUGGCCCAACAGACUGGAAUGAAGCUCUGGAUAUCAUUUCGUUUGGUUCUCCUGAACAGUCAGUUGAAGGCAUGAAAGUAGUUUGUCAUGAGUUGGCCCAGGCCACAAAUGAUCCUGAAAGCAGCGUGAUGGACGAUCUUGUCAAGGAUGCAGAUCGGCUUGUUUCGUGCCUAGCAACUAAGGUAGCCAAAACCUUUGACUUUAGUCUGGCAGGAGCUUCUUCACGAUCAUGUAAAUAUGUUUUGAACACACUUAUGCAGACCUUUCAAAAUAAAAGGCUUGCACAUGCUGUGAAGGAGAGUACCCUUGACAGCCUCAUCACUGAACUUCUACUUUGGCUAUUAGAUGAACGGGUUCCACUUAUGGAUGAUGGCAGUCAACUCCUAAAAGCAUUAAAUGUUUUGAUGCUUAAGAUUCUGGACAACGCGGAACGUACGUCUUCUUUUGUUGUUCUGAUAAAUUUAUUGCGUCCACUGGACCCAUCAAGAUGGCCAUCACCUGCAUCAAAUGAGAUAUUUGCGGCUAGGAAUCAGAAGUUCUCAGAUCUAGUUGUCAAGUGUCUCAUCAAACUUACCAAAGUCCUUCAGAGCACAAUAUUUGAUGUUGACCUUGAUCGAAUUCUCCAGAGCAUCCAUAUAUAUCUACAAGAACUAGGAAUGGAAGAAAUCAGGAGAAGAGCUGGAGCCGAUGACAAGCCUCUGCGAAUGGUUAAAACUGUCCUACAUGAACUGGUUAAGCUUCGUGGGACGGCGAUAAAGGGGCACCUUUCGAUGGUUCCAAUAGAUACGGAACCUCAACCUAUUAUACUUGCUUAUAUUGACCUUAAUCUUCAGACCCUUGCUGCGGCUAGAAUGCUGACCCCAUCAGGCCCUGUUGGUCAAACUCAUUGGGGUGAUUCUACUGCCAACAAUCCAUCGCCUGCCACACAUUCUGCUGAUGCCCAGUUGAAGCAAGAACUAGCUGCAAUAUUCAAGAAAAUUGGUGACAAGCAAACAUGCACCAUCGGUCUUUAUGAACUGUAUCGUAUUACCCAAUUAUACCCAAAGGUUGAUAUAUUUGCUCAACUCCAAAAUGCAAGUGAGGCAUUCCGUACAUACAUAAGAGAUGGUUUAGCUCAGAUGGAAAAGAAUGCAGCUGCUGGGAGGACGCCUUCAAGUUUGCCAAUGUCUACCCCACCUCCUGUUGCUCUUUCUUCCCCAAAAUUUGCACCAUUAUCACCUGUACAUACAAAUUCUUUGAAUGAUGCCAAGCCUCUGAAUGUGAAACUUGAAUCCGCAAACUCCAAUCUGCCACCGUCAUAUUCUGAUGAUGACAGGGCUGUUAAUGCUAUUUCCUUGAGAGGUCCGAUAUCUGAUAACUCAGAAUUGAGACAAAAUAUGGCAGAUGAAAGGAAUGACAGAUAUUCAUCUGCAACAACUGCAAUAACAAGCGGGACAUUGGAUGCAAUCAGAGAAAGGAUGAAGAGUAUUCAAUUGGCAGCUGCUACAGUGAACCCAGAAGCUGGUAACAGGGCAUUAAUGUUCAUGAAUGGCAAUGUGCUGGCACAUGGACCUCCUCCUAGUCAGAUUCCUCAGGGGUCAGUCCGUGUUGACUCAGAGGCUCCUGUGCAGACCGGUGUCCUUCCCAUGGAUGAAAAAGCAUUGUCUGGCCUUCAAGCCCGGAUGGAAAGGCUUAAAAGCGGGACCAUUGAACCCUUGUAGAGAGAACGAGCAGUUCUGGGAUAUAUGAUUUUCGUGUUCAAACCCUGUGAACAUAUGAAUGGUGAUGAUCUUGUAAAUGAGAGUUAUACGUGGAGAGAGAUGGGAGGCGGUGGUUGCUGAUGUAGAGAUGGAGCAUCCGUGGCCACUGAAACUCUUUCUGCGAUGAUGAUGUGGUAAAUGCAUUGUUGGUGCCCCUGCUUUUUAAUGUGGCAAAUUUGUAGAUUAUUAUGUGUUCAGGUUUCUGUUUAACUGCUUCAGUAUGUAUAACGUCUCUGUAUUUCAACGAUUUACCCGAUUCCUAAUUUCAAGUGAUGCAUCAUUCAUUUUUUUUUUA